AUGGCGCAAUCGAAACUAGAGAUGAACAAUUCAUCGUCUGAUGAUGAAGAAGUGUCAACCGGAGUUUCCGAGUCGGAAUUGGAAUCAGAUAUGACACCACCACCUCAGCCGUCUUCCAGAAAAACCCAUGCGACGCCACAAUUAUCCUCCGAAGAAUCCGAAUCGGACGCUGAUUCACCUCCAAAGAAGUUCGAAAAAGCCGAUCCAAAUAUUAAACCUUUAGCUUCAAAGCCUAUGGAUGAUGAACCAAGCAAAAAACCCAGACCCAAAAACCCUAUUUCACGCAAUUCUCCCCCUCCUACGAAACCAGUAAACGGGAAACGGAAGGCUGCGGAGGUUGAAGAUGAAGCUAUGGAAACGAAGAUCACGAAGAAAGAGGUGGUAGCACCGGCGCCACCGGGUCCUGAGAAUGCUGCAGAAAAGAAGCCGCUGUUUCAGAGGCUAUGGAGUGAAGAUGAUGAAAUUGUGUUAAUAAAAGGUAUGAUUAGUUACGUUGAGACAAAGGGGAAAGACCCAAUUGCGGAUGUUAAUGAUUUCCAUGAGUUCGUGAAAACUUCACUGAAUGUCGAUGUGAACAAUGGGCAAAUGACAGCUAAGGUUAAAAGGUUGAAGGCGAAGUUCAUGAACAAUGUAGGUAAAAUUGAGCAGAAUGGGAAAGUUAGGUCAUUGUCCAAUCCCCAUGAGAAGAAAAUGUAUGAGUUAUCAGAGAAGCUAUGGGAUAGAAAUAGUAUAAAAAACGCAGCCAUUGUUGGUUGUAACACCAAGAAAGUUAACCCUAAGCCAAAACCAGAUCAGAAGCUGAAAGCGAACUCCAAUCCUGUGGUUUCUAAUGGAGGCCAUGAAUCUGGGAAAAAUGUGGUGCAUUCAAGGGGUGGAAUUAAGAUUCCGAUCACAGAUGAGGAUAUUAUGAAUAGGGGAUUAGAGUUGCUUUCAGGUCCGAAGAAAGUGGAAUUGGAAGAGAAAUGGAAUGAUUUGAAAGUGCAAGAACUGAAGAAUUAUUUGAGAAAAUUGGAGCUUAUGAAAGAACAGGGAGAGCUUGUGUUGAAUGCUAUGAAGAAAUCUUGUGCUAGUUAA